AGUGAGCGAGAGGGAGGGAUGACGAGAGAGAGAGAGAGCACCGUCCACCUCCAGCAUCCCGCGUGAAGCCCGUAAAGUGGGGAAGAGGAGGACAAAGAAGAGGAGGUGCGAGAGGAGAGAGAGAGAGAGAGAGAGAGAGAGGAGGGAGGAGGAGGAAGACGACGAGCAGCCUUCCCUCAAAGUCAACAUUUUCUACUUUUGAUACUCCUUUUCGCGCCGGACGGAGCGCCGCCUCGGACAGCCUUGCCCGCCCUAGAUUUACAUCUCUUCAUUUGAUGUGUGGUUUUUUUUGUGCGUGUAUUUUUUAAUGACUAACAGGAAACACACCAGCGGAUGAUCCGCGGCGGUCCCGUCAAAAGAGGGGAGGAGGGCGACCGUCCCGCGGAUGCGCACGACUAGACAAUCAAGAGGUCCGGAGUUCAGCUUAUGGAUUCACCCGAAGACACGGCCCCAGACCUGGCUUUGAGGCACGGAUCUGCGUGAAUACCCAGCACUCCCAGCGGCACUAUGGUUAAAGUGCACGCCCGGACCAUUCCCCAAAAGCAGCCCCUGAAACCCGAAGCAACAAAAGAACAGCGUCCCGAAUCCCCGGGGACCAUCUCCAGUCGUCUAUUCAUCCGCCAGUGAAAGUCAACCGAGGAUGUCCGACGUUUCCCUAUGAUCGGCGCCCCAUGCGCGUCCCCCCUCCGCCGAGUCCCGACCGCCGCCCCGUCUGCCAUGCUCCUUCGGGUCGCGCUCUUGCUGCUGCAUUGCUCGGCCUCCGCGCUGGGGGGCCAGUACGAACUGUGCAAGUCGCUGGUGAGCACGGAUGACGGUUCCGUGUGGGAGCAAUACGCGUGCCAGCCCCGGUCCGAGUCCAUGAAGGACUACAUGAGGAUCAAGGUGGACCCGCCCGGCAUCACCUGCGGAAACCCGCCCGAGAGGUUCUGCACCCUGGAGAACCCAUACCUGUGCAGCGAUGAAUGCGACGCCUCCAACCCAGAUUUGGCGCACCCUCCUCAGCUAAUGCAGGACCGCGAACGCAACGGUCUGCUGACCUACUGGCAGACCGUCACGUGGAGGCGUCACCCGGAGCCCCUGCUGGCCAACAUCUCCAUGUCGUGGAACAAGAGUCUGGAGCUCACGGACGACAUCCACGUCACCUUCGAGUACGGCCGGCCGACCGUCAUGGUCCUGGACAAGUCCAUGGACCAUGGCCGCUCCUGGCAGCCGUACCAGUACUACGCCGACGACUGCCUGGACACCUUCAACAUGCCGGCGAAGCGCGUGCGCGACCUGACAGCCGCCAACAUCACCCGCGUCAUCUGCACCGAGCAGUACUCACGCUGGGUGGGCUCCAAGAGCCACAAAAACGUCACGUUGGAGGUCCGGGCGCGCUUUGCGGUCUUUGCCGGCCCGCGGCUGCACAACAUGGACAGCCUGUACACGCGCAUGGAGAGCAUGAAAGGACUGAGGGACUUCUUCACGUUCACCAACCUCAGGCUGAGGCUCCUCAGGCCCGCCCUGGGAGGCACGUACGUGCAGCGGGACAACCUGCUCAAGUACUUCUACGCCAUCUCCAACAUCGAGGUGCCUGCCAGGUGCAAGUGUAACCUCCACGCCUCCCAGUGCCUGCUGCAGGACGGCAACCUGCAGUGCCAGUGUGAGCACAACACCACGGGCCAGGACUGCCAGCGCUGCAAGAAGGGCUUCAAGGCCAAGUCCUGGAAGGCCGGCUCAUACCUGCCCACGCCCAACGGAACCCCCAAUACCUGUACGAUUGCUGGUUCGCCCUCCGGUUCUAUGUCUCACACACUUGAGGAACAUGUCAUUCACGGCCACAGAGACACUUUGUCAUCUGAACUCGAAGAUAAACACCGAAGAGUUUCCGGUCUUCAUGAGACUCGUGGCCACGGGAUGGCAGCGUCAACUGAGCAUGAGACUCAAAGAGCUGAAGUGUUAGUUUCUCCUGUGCUUCAGGAACGUGACCCUCACGGCAACAAAGCCACUUUCUCAUCUCACCAUAAUAACCAUGGGGAGGUGCCCAAUAAAAAACGAGUUGAAAGUGAAGUCUCAAUUGCACUUGAGGAACAUGACACUCAUGACCACAGAGGCACUUUCUCAUCUGAACACGAGGAUGACAAACAUAGAAGAGUUUCCGGUCCCUAUGAUACUCAAGGCCAUGCGAUGACAACCCCAUCUGAGCACGAACAUCAAAGAAGAGCCGAAGUGUUAGUUUCUCACAUGCUUGAAGAACAUGAUGAGACUCAUGGCCACAAAGGCGCUUUCUCAUCCCACCGUGAUGACCAAGAGGAGGUUCCCAAUGAAAGACGAUUGGAAAAGGAAGUCGCUCACAUGGUUGAGGAACACGAGACUCACAGCCACAUAGGAACGUUCUCAUCUGACCAUGAGGAAGAAAAACAUAGAAGAGUUUCUGUUCCUCAUAAGAAUCAUGGCCACGGGACCACAACCUACCCUGAGCCUGAGAGGGAAAGAAUAUUUGGAGUGUUAGUUUCUAAUGUGCUUGAGGAACCUGAGACUCAUGGCCACAAAGGCACUUUUUCACCUGACCAUGAUGACCACAUUGAGCCUCCCAAUGAAAUCCAAGCUGAAAGUGAAGUCUUUCAUGCACUUGAGGAACAUGAGACUCAUGGCCACAGAGGCACUUUCUCAUCUGGACAUGAGGAAGACAAACACAGAAGAGCUUCCCUUCCGCAUGAGAAUCAUAGCCCUAGGUCAACAACCUCAUUUGAAUACGAGAAGGAAAGAAGAGAUGAAGCAUUAGUUUCUAAUGUUCUUGAGAAACAUGAGACUCAGAGCCACGAAAGUACUUUCUCAUUGGAGCAUGAGAACGAUGGACUGGCGAGGGACAAGGAAAGAGUGGCUGAAAGUAAAGACAGACCUUUGAUUUCCCACAAGCAUGGGAAACAUGAGACUCGUGGGCAAAAAGGUGUUUUCUCAUCUGAGCAUGAGGAAGAAGUUGAGGAAGGGGGCAGCCAUAUGAGAGUUUUCCACAAGUCGGUGAGACAUGGGCAUGAGACUCCUGGCCACAGUAAUUUCUCAUCUGUGCAUGAGAAGAAAGUGGAAGCUUCACGCAGGUCUGUGGGUUAUGCACAUGAGAGUUAUGGGCAUAAUGGCCAUUUGCCAUCUAAGCAUGAGAAUGGCAGACAGGGUGAGGAAGAAGAGAGUCAAAUGAGAGUUUCCCAUAGCUCUGAGAGACACGGGCAUGAGACUCAUGAACAUCGUGUUUCCUCAUCUGAGCAUGAGAACGACAGAGCAGGUGAGGAAGAAGACAAAGUUCUUUUUAGAGUUGGACAUUAUGGAAACUUGCACUUUUGUUUUGUCCAUGACAUACUAGUUUCCCACGGGUUUGAGGGACAUGGACAUGAGAGUCAUGGACAAAGUACUUUCUCAUCUGUGCAUGGAAAUGACAGGGAAGUUCCCCAGAAAGCUGAGAGACAUGAGCAUGAGACUGAUGGUCACAAUGGUCAUUUCUCAUCUAAGCGUGACAAUGACAGGGAAGUCUCCUUCAGGUCUGAAGGACAUGGGCAUGAGACUCAUGGCCAAAGUAGUCAUUUCUCAUCAAAACGUGAGAAUGGCAGACAUGGUGAGGAAGAAGAACACCAAAGUCAAAUGAGAGUUCCCUACAAGUCUGAGGGACAUGUACGUGAGACUCAUAGCCACAAUGCUCGUUUCACAUCUGAGCAUGAGAACGCCAGACAUGUUCCCCACGAUUCUGAGGCACACGGACAUGGCGCUCAUGGUCAGGGUGACCAUUUCUCAUCUGAGCAUGAGAAUGACAAGAAAGUUCCCCACAAUUCUGAGGGACAUGUACACGAGACUCAUGGCCACAGUGGUCAUUUGUCAACUGAGCAUGAGAAUGGCAGAAAUGUUCCCCACAAUUCUGAGGCCCAUGCUCGUGAAACUCGUGGACGCGGUAGCCAUUUGUCAUCUGAGCAUGAGAAUGGCAGACACGGUGAAGAAGACGACAGCCAAAUGAGAGGGCUCCUGAAACUCUUGAUGUCAGGCCAGCCCGGGGCCAGACAUUUGUUCGGAAUCAUAUAUGAUCAUUUCGAAGACUGUGAAUGCUACGGCCACUCCAACCGCUGCAGCUACCUCGAGUUCCUGAAAAUUGUCACGUGUGUCAGCUGCAAGCACAACACCAGGGGCCAGAACUGCCAACACUGCAGACUGGGAUACUUCCGCAACGCCUCUGCUGAGCUGGACGACGAGAGCGUCUGCAUCGAGUGCAACUGCAACCAGAUGGGUUCCCUUCACGACCGCUGCAACGGCACGGGCUUCUGCCAGUGCAAAGAUGGCGCCGCGGGGGCCAAGUGCGACCAGUGUCUGCCGGGCUACCACUGGAAACAAGGAUGCUACCCCAACGUUUGCGACGAGGAGAUGCUCCUGUGCCAGAACGGCGGGACGUGCCACCAGAACCAGAAGUGCACCUGCGCCCCCGAGUUCAAGGGGGUGCUGUGCCAACAGCCGCGCUGCGACGCGGGCAAGGACUGCAACGGCGCCGCCGCGCGGCGGCCCUCCGCCGCCGCCCUGCUGCUCUGCGCGCUGCUCGCCCGCCUGCUGGCUGCGCCGCCGCCCCGCUGAGCGAGCAGUGUCCACACACCGCUCCCCAAAACUUGGGGAUGUUUGGCUUGGGGUGAAGUUUCAAGACUAAGCUCCGAUGCACUAUAGCCUUCACGCGAUGAAUUAAUUUGACUAAAAGCUUGUAAUACUUGGCAAAAGCAAAUGACUCGCAUCAUCCUCCCAAACGCUUCCUCGGCGAGCCACGAGCGAUACGAUACCAAAAAACGAUGAGCAGCGUAAAAGGCGGAAAACAACAACUGACACGAGUUACUAGCAGGCGGAAAAUAAUCUGCACGCCCUUUACCUUCGUGGCUGACCAGUUCCUUCUGCACCAUUUUUACAAAACAAGCUUACUCAAAUGUACAUGACAAUUUUCACUCAUUACUGUCGAAACAAAAUAGAAUCAAAAACAUGCCGACCUUUAAUCUUGAGGCAACACAACGCCACACAGCUCCCGCCAAGUGAGGAAGAGGAAGACAAUUACGACAAUUCCCACACAGUUGAGCGUUCAAGAGAGUUAAUAGAUUUCUUCUAAAGCCAUGUGCAACUAUUUCCAUUGGUUAAAAAUGCGUCAAAAUCAAAGAUGACGUGGGGACAGGCCAAUCUUAUCGAUUUGCGGAAAAAUAUGAGGUUUCCGCCCAACAGUGAUGAUAUGAGUGUAAAAUUAAUACAAUGUCAUGGGAAUAUCUGAACAAUAGAGGCACAUGAAGCAAGAGCACAAAUUGCUUUGGGGAAAAAAAGUUGAGUAAUUUAGUCUUAUGCAAACACUUUAGUUAAGAAAAUCUAAAUAAACUACCUUAUUCCAAACAUUUCUUUUCCAAUUUACUCUAUUCUUCCUCAGUACAACUCCCAAAAAAUGUACAAAUUCAAACUACUACUUCGUUGACCGUUAAUGGCUCUUUGGGGCCCCCAAGCAGGUGCUUGGUCGGCCUACGCCUGGGGUCACCUCCGGUCAAAUUAAGUUCACCUGUAAAGGUCAAAGUGCAUUUUAGGUUCAUCCGGAAAUUUCACGACAAAAUGGAAUAUCCUCGACAUUUUGUGAGCGGUGUGUACGUGUACGAAAUCUCACGCACACUCACGAGGACACACCAACCCACUAACACACACACACCUCGCAGGACUGAUGAGUGUGUGCGCUCAGGUGCCAGAUGGACAAAAAUCUCACAAAGAAAAUAACGAUAGCGGAAGAGAUGCGGGCUUGAAAAAAAAAACAAAAGAAAUGAUAUAUAUAUAAAUAUAUAUCAAUAUAAUCAUACCAACCACUGUUCCCUUUAUUCCUGAGCAGGAGCAAUGUGCAUCGAACCAAAAAAAAAAGAUAUUUAAAAAAUUGCAUAAUCACUUCAAUCACCACUGAUUCACUUGAAAACGGAAUGGCUGUCAACACGAGGACGUAUUGUUUUUUGGUUUUGGUUUUUCUUUGUGACAAGGAUGAGCCGAGGGCUACGCGUUCCACAAGAACCACCUUUUGUUUUCUUUUUGUCAACAAAAAGACCAAAAAAAACAAAAAAAAGACUUGUACACUUACUGCUGCAUUUUCUGUUCCAAGUCCAUGUAUCUAAUGUGCCCACUUAACAGUUCGCUGAGAUUCUACAUAUAUUAUAUUAUAUCAUAGCCAACGGGUUACGGCAGAUAGAUUUAGUCGCAGUAUUACGGUUGCUAUGGGAACGAGCGAUCGCUGCCACACUUUAGCCAGAUUUAAUCUUCACACAGUAAACGGGAAGUGUCGACGAGAGUGAGAAUGAAUAUUAUAUGGCAUUAUUUGAAUAUUUUUUUGUAGAAAUUAUUUUUCCUUUCAGGUUACAAUAAAUUAUGGAGAAAAAAAAAAAAAACUACAA